CAGCGAUCGACGCCGAUUGUCUGUGUUGUUUACUGAUGAGCUAUAAGCAGCUUGCACUACCCGCGUGGAAGUUACACUUGUAUCACUUUAUUCGGCACGGCACCCAAAUUAGAGGAUUAGAUACGUGCGACGAUAUACAAAGUUAAACAAUAAUUGUGACCAUAUUUACCAUCGACUUGUCAUCCUGGAAUUUCAUAGUGAAAGAAGGCAAGGAUUAACUAACGCAUACUAAGCGACCAGAGACACCGAUAAAAUGCAGGCCAGUUUCGUUGUGAAUGCCUUGGGCAAUCUCUGGGGACGCAACAGCAAAGCAUCGGCUACUGCAACGCCAAAAGUUACUGCCGAUGUCGCGGUUGCGCAUGUGACCCAUCUGUUCGCCGAUGAGGUCUUCAUCUUCGACUCUGCCAGUGGUAGACCCGUUCUCGGCGGACACUCAGCCCUAAAAGGACUAUCACAAGAAAAAAACUCCUUCGAUAGGGACAUAUCAGUUGUGGAAUCCAGGAACGCUGCGGGCAGUGCCUCAGCCUUGGAGUCGGCGGCGUCUAACACACCCUUCACUGUGGUACACACUACGAGCGACAAUCUAUUGUCCUUAAUUCCAGCACUUUAUAACGUCGCCGAAGAAAAAUGGGCCCUAUUAGUACAAACAGCCCCCACGGUCAUGGCAAAUGGAGUGCCUCUCGCAGAUCACGGAGAUGUGAUGGCUUUAAGUGAGAUUGGAUUUGCUAUCUUUAGCUCUCAGACCACACAGGAAGCACAUGAUCUGUCUAUUAUUGCACAGAUCGCUGCCUCUCGCACUAAUACUCCCAGCAUUCAUUUCUUCGAUGGGGAUAGCACACGCGAAGGCUCGGUGGCUCUUGCUAACAAGGAGUCCCUGCUCGAGUUCAUUCAAGGCGAUGCAGAUACUAUUGAUAACUACAAGAAAAAGGGAGAUAAAAGUCACGAGGAGACUGCAGAAGAGGGAUCGGAGGCAGAGACAAAGACAGAAUCAGUUGAUUUCCCCACCGCAGUUGAAGAGGUUAUGAAGGAUCUGACCAACGUUCUGGGACAUCGCUAUCACAUUUUCGAAUAUGUUGGACCCAAAGACGCAGAGCACGUUGUCUUGGCUGUAGGCACUGUUGGCAGUGUGUUCGCCGACACUAUUAGUCACUCACAAGCUGGGGACAAGUGUGGUGUACUCCUGUGCCGUAUGGUUCGACCGUGGUCUGGCGCCAUGCUUAUCAAAGCAUUGCCGAAGACUUGCAAACGCAUCGCAGUGUUAGAUGUAACUCAGUCGAAUGGUAGUUAUUACGGUCCAUUAUACUUGGAUGUCAUGGCUGCUAUUUACGAAACUAGUGAGGAUCUUUGGAACUCGAAUGAGCGACCUUUGGUGAUCGGUGGUCAAAUUCAGGGGUCAAGUAUCUCCCACGAAAUUGUACAAACCGCAUUUCAGCACGUUUCUUCUCCUACACCCGCAACAUCCUUUGUUUUGGGCAAGGGGGGAGUUGAUAAACUGCACACGUUGAAGGUUUCAGACGAGAAGUCCGAUGAUGUAGACAAUCAAUAUGUGAAGGUAUUACAGCACCUGUUUGCAGAAAGAUUAGCUAUUGCCAAUGCAUUCGGCUCCGCCACAGUAUGGGGUGACGGUGGUAAGUCCACCAUUGAAUAUGGUUACGGAGUACACUCGGCCAAUCUUCAGAGACGAAGUAAGUUGGCUGAACUUGUAAACCAUGCACUAUGGGACAAGUCUAUCGGUUUGAGCGAGGGGUUGAAGGAAUUCUUUUUGCAAUGGCUGCAGAAUCGGGAGGACGCUAAGGAAUCCGCGGCGCUAGAAGAAAAAAUAUCUGAACUGCUAAGUGUAGAGGCGAACGGGAACGGGGUUUUGAGCAGUAUAUUCGAGGAUCGUGAACUCUUCAGCAAGAAGUCGAGGUGGCUAGUUGGUGGUGAUGAUUGGGCACGUGAUUUAAGUGACAGUGGUGUACACCAUAUCAUCUCCGGAGGAGAGGAUGUAAAUGUGCUUAUCCUAGACACACAGCCCUACUCCCAUACGUCCAAGAACAGACACCAAAAGAUGAAGAAGGACAUUGGUUUGUACUCCAUGAACUAUGGAGGCUGCUAUGUUGCUUCUGUAGCACUCUACUCAUCUUACACACAAGUACUGCGAGCGUGCAUGGAAGCAGACCGCUAUCCCGGUCCUAGUGUCGUUCUAGCAUACAUGCCACAUGUUGAUGCUGGUGCCCUGGGGAUCUCAGAGUCACUUAAGCCAUUGGAGGCUCUUAAAGAGACAAAACGAGCCGUCGAUAGUGGUUUGUGGCCAUUGUACCGAUGGAACCCGCAGAACGAGCACAACGGCAAGGACAACUUCUCGUUGGACUCCGAGCGAGCAAAGAAAGAUUUGCUAGAUUUCCUUGCGAAAGAUAAACAGCUGAGUGUGAUGGCCGCGGACAAGAUCGUCGUAGCACCAGCACUAGCUAAAUCGACCGAAACUAAGGUUGUCGAGACACACACUAAAACCAUGGCUAAGGCGGUGGCGGCAUACUCCAGUCUAUUGAGUGGUUUGAGUGGAGACCCCGUGCUAUUCUUAUAUGGAAGUGAUGGCGGUAAUGCUGAGGGUGUAGCCAAGAACAUGGAGCGCGAAGCGAAAGGACGAGGACUCAAUGCUCGUUGCAUGGCUGGUGAUGAGUUUGAGGCCGAUGAUUUGUCUUUGGAAACCAAAGUCAUAUUUCUGCUUUGUACAGCAGGUCAGGGAGAGUUCCCAGGCAACUUCAAAGAUCUAUGGAAGGGACUACAGGCCUCCGACACACCGCUCAACAACACUCAAUAUGCGAUCUUCGGGCUGGGAGAUGUUCACUACUGGCCUGGUGCCGAGGGUGAGUUAUACUUUUGUAAGCCGGCUAAGGAUCUUGACGAGCGUUUGGAGGUUAUGGGUGGCCAACGCUUGGUCCCUAUUGGCUUGGGAGACGAUUCGGCUGAUGAUGGUUUCAAUACUGCACUAGAGCCCUGGUUGGAGCUCGUGUGGGAAGCUCUGGGUGUCGCCGGUAUCAGCGGCGGUCCGGCACCACCCAAGAUUACUGAUGACGACAUUAAGACUGGAUCUAACUUCUUGCGAGGCACCAUCUUGGAGGGGUUGGCGGAUGAGAGCACCGGUGCACUUGCCGAGAGAGAUACUAAGUUGACUAAAUUUCACGGGAUCUAUCAGCAGGACGAUCGAGAUCUCCGAGAAGAGCGCAAGGCCCAGGGUCUGGAAAAUGCCUUCUCAUUUAUGAUCCGUGUGCGUGUGCCCGGAGGUGUCUCCACAGCGGAUCAGUAUCUAGCCAUGGACGCGCUUGCGGACUCUCAUGCAAAUGGAACCAUCAAGCUGACAACCCGCCAGGCCUAUCAGCUGCAUGGUGUGAUUAAGAAGAAGCUCAAGCCCACCAUUCAGGGCAUCAACGCGGCUCUCAUGGACACACUCGCCGCUUGUGGCGAUGUAAACAGAAAUGUGAUGUGUAACCCCAAUCCUUUUGAGAGUGCGGUACACGCUGAGGUGGACCACUUUGCCCGAGAGCUCAGUCGGCACUUGUCACCUCAGACUUCAGCUUACCACGAGAUUUGGUUGGACAAGAAGAUGGUGGCUGGUGACGUGCACAAGGAUCACGAACCCCUUUACGGCGAGACCUACCUGCCCCGUAAAUUCAAGAUUGCUAUUGCUGUACCGCCAAACAAUGAUGUGGAUGUAUAUGCCCACUGCUUGGGAUACACAGCUGUCAUUUCGGACGGGAAGUUGCUGGGUUAUAAUGUGAGCGUGGGAGGUGGUAUGGGUGUGACACACAGUAACAAGAAAACGUAUCCUCAGAUUGCGAAGCAGCUGGGCUUCUGUACCCCAGAGCAGGGAUUGAUUGUGGGUGAGAAAGUUAUGUUGGUACAGAGAGACCAUGGUGAGCGUGUCAACCGCAAACAUGCUCGUCUCAAAUACACUGUGGACGAUCACGGCAUUGAUUGGUUCAGAGAGCAGGUCGAGGAGCGUGCUGGUUUUAAGUUGGAGCCUAGCAUGCCUAUUACAUUCAAGAAUAAUUCUGACAGAUACGGAUGGACUAAGGGUGUGAACGGUACAAACCACUACUGUUUGUUCAUUACGAAUGGUCGUGUGAUCGACACUCCUCAGCUUCAAAUGAAGACCGCCCUUAAGGAGAUUGCGUUGAAGAAAAUCUGUGAUUUCCGCUUGACCGCCAAUCAACAUAUCAUUUUCGGAAACGUUUCGAAUGAUAACAAGCCUAUAAUUGAUGAGAUUAUGCACAAGUACGGAAUCGGCAAUGAGAAAAUGUCCGGUCUCAGACUUAACUCGAUGGCUUGCGUAGCCUUACCUACCUGUGCAUUAGCCAUGGCCGAGAGUGAGCGGUACUUGCCCAGUCUCAUUACAAAGAUGGAGGACCUCCUCGAACAGUUCGGUCUCAGACAAGAUAGUAUAGUUAUCCGUAUGACUGGUUGUCCCAACGGAUGCGCAAGGCCCUAUAUGGCAGAAAUUGCGUUCGUGGGCCGAGCUCCAGGUACAUACAACAUGUUACUGGGUGGUAGUCAUUCAGGUGAGCGUCUGAACAAACUAUACCGCGAGAGCGUGAACGAGGCACAGAUCCUCGAACUCAUCGAGCCUAUAUUCAAGCAGUAUGCUUCUGACCGUCACCAUGGGGAAACCUUCGGUGAUUUCGUUAUCCGUGCUGGCAUUAUUGACGCCACUACAGACGGGCGAAAUUUCCAUGAGAACCUGCGACUUCAGGCCUAAUGAUGUAAACAUUCAAAAAUUAAGGUAUUAAAAAUAAUAGUGAUAA